GGACUUUUUAUCAACGUACACGAGCAAUUUGCUUCCGUUUUUUCAUCCUCCAGCUGUUUUGAGUAGCCGUCAAAUAAAACUAUAAUUUGAUAAAAUUUAAAAUAACGAAAAAUGAAGUUGUAUUGCUUAUCCAGUGAACCAACGAAACCAUGUCUGGUACUGACAUUCAAAGGAAUAACUCUGAUGUUGGACUGCAGCUUAAAUAUGCAGUCGAUAUUAAAUUUCAUGCCGAUACCCAUGGUACCGAGUGGUAAAUUUAAUGCGCUACCAAACUGGCUUCCUCGAGACAACCAUCACAAUCCCUAUCAUAACCAACACCCGUACCAGCAGUACCACAACCAAGAGUGGAAGAUUGAAGGGGAGCUGAAAGACUGCUGCGGCCGCGUGUUCGUAGACUCGAUACCCGAGUUUUCACCCCCGCUGGAGAAAAUCGUUGACUUUUCGGAGAUCGACGUGAUUCUGGUGUCGAACUACACGUGCAUGAUGGCGUUGCCUUUCAUAACGGAAGCCACCGGGUUCAAGGGAAUCGUCUACGCGACAGAGCCAACGCUGCAGAUUGGAAGAUUUUUUAUGGAAGAGUUGGUUCAGUAUAUUGAGCAGACACCCAGGACUACUUUGGCCAAGUACUGGAAGGAAAUGCUGCACAUUUUGCCAUCACCUCUAGCUGACGCUGUCAAACCAAAGUCCUGGAAACAGUUGUACUCAAUGAAUGCUGUCAAUUCCGCGCUGUCUCAUAUUCAGCUGGUGGGAUAUGACCAAAAAUUAGACAUUUAUGGAGCACUGACAGUGACACCAAUAAGUUCUGGUUACUGUCUAGGGAGCAGUAAUUGGCUGAUAUCCUGCGAGCAUGAGAAAGUCGCUUAUGUGAGUGGCUCGUCGACACUGACGACUCAUCCGAGGCCGAUGGAGCAGACGACUCUCAAACAUUCUGACGUGUUGAUUUUAACUGGGCUGACUCAGACACCCACAGCGAAUCCCGACACGAUGUUGGGCGAACUCUGCAUGGCGGUGGCAAUGACACUGAGGAGCAGCGGAUGCGUUCUGAUUCCUUGCUAUCCUUCAGGAGUAGUUUACGACCUGUUUGAAUGCUUGAGCACACAUUUAGACAAAAUAGGACUCACGCAAAUCCCCCUGUUCUUUGUCUCUCCGGUUGCUGAGUCUUCGUUGGCGUACUCAAACAUUUUGGCGGAAUGGUUAUCGACGAAUAAACAGAACAAAGUUUAUUUGCCAGAAGAACCAUUUCCACAUGGGUUUCUGGUGAAGAACGCACGAUUGAAACACUUUACAUCGAUAUGGCAGGGAGGCUUCAGCACCGAGUACCGACAGCCUUGUGUCGUUUUUUGUGGACAUCCGAGUCUGCGUUUUGGCGACGCGGUUCAUUUUGUUCAGCUGUGGGGCAACAAUCCUCAGCACACUAUUAUUUUUACGGAGCCAGAUUUUCCGUACUUGGACGCUCUCGCUCCCUAUCAGCCGCUUGCCAUGAAGGCAGUCCACUGUCCUAUUGAUACUUCUUUGAAUUUUACUCAAGCAAACAAACUUAUUCGUGAUUUGAAACCGGACAAUCUUGUGAUACCUGAGUGUUACACUCAACCGCCUUACUCGGCGCCUCAUCGCAUUGAUCUUAUCAUUGAACCAGUAGCUCCGGACAAACCACUGAUCACCUUCAGAAGAGGCGAGGUAACAAAAUUACCGCUGAAACGAAGUAAAAGCCGUAUUUUCAUAGAACCCAAGUUAGCCAGCAGUAUUAUUCCAAGUCAAAUACGCCCGGGAUUGAGCUUAGCAUCAAUUACUGGCGAACUUGAGAUAAAAGACAAUGUAUAUACGAUCAAAAGUAUUGAGCCUCUGCAGCAGUUGAUCGGAAGAGGAAAACGAAAGAUGCAAGAGCCUUCAUCGUCUGCGGUUGACAUUAAAGACAACAAAGACAGUGAAAAUCUCAAAGAAAAAGAUCUGAAACACGAGUAUGGAAAUAUUGACAUACAAGAACUCUUGCAUAAAUUCCAUCAAGAAGGAAUCCAUGGUUUCAAAGUACAAAACAAUACUCCAACUUCCACGAGUAUACAUUUACAGGAUGAAGAUACACUCAUUCAAAUAUCUGAAAAUUCAACUCAUAUAUUUUGUAACGGUAACCAGAGUCUACGAAAAAAAUUACGAUUAAUAGUGAUGCAGUGUUUGAAACAUUUCUGAGUGACAACAAAAAAAUUAUUACUUUAUUUUUUUAUUUAUUUCAUCAUAACUUUAUAAGUUUUUUUUUACACACACACACACAUAC